CGAGCUUUGGCACCCCCACCCUUGCGUUCGUCCGUGUGCGCGCUGGCUCGGCCGCCCGAGCCGGUAUAUAUACUCUGCUGCGCUCCGGCGCCGUCACACUUGUCGUUAUCACCACCACAGUGACUCUCGGCCGCAGCAGCGCGCUUCUUAUAGAUUAUACAUCUCUCGGCGCUCUCCCAUACGCUACUCUCACCCCUUUCUCCCCGUCGAUCUCCGCUCUUCCGCCACUUUUCCCGCACACUCGAUUCGAUCGCCCCGCGGCUGUUCUCCGUCGACGACUUCCAAGCACCGAUCGUACGCGCGUGCGGGAUCAACGAGCGAGGCAGGAGCGCACCGAUCGCCUGACAGCAAGAGAGAGAGAGAGAGAGAGAGAGAGAGAGAGAGAGAGAGAGAGAGACCGCCGUGCACGCGCUAUCCAAGGAGCCGUCGAUUCUAAACACUGAUUUUUUGACAAAAUGAUUGCAAAGGGCUGCACGUGGACAAUUGUCUUCUUUGUCAUUGUUGGCGUUGUGUCAGCGGUAGAAAACUACAUGGACUACGGCAACGAGUCACCAAAUAGCGAAAAGUCUGCAAACCUCCGAGAACUCUAUAGAAUGCUGGUGCAGCGCAGUGUCGACGACUCGGGCAGUCUUCGCGACCUAGCAGAGCAUCUGCAGCCAAGAGCCGCCGAGAGAUCGCCCUCAUUACGUCUGCGCUUCGGACGCUCCUACCCCAAGUACCCGCGCUCGCCGUCGCUACGUCUGCGCUUUGGUCGGUCUUACCCGAGUCAGGUAGGUCUCCUUUCGAGACUGAAUGACGGCGAAUCGUCGGCUGCAGCGUUCGAGGAAAAUUAAUUAUUGAAACACCUGUUAACAACAGCAGCAGUGGCACACCACCACCACCACCAUUACAUAAUAUCUUCUCUCUCUUUCUCUAAAACGACAUUAAGGGCGUUACGUUCCUUAAGGCAAAUCCGUGUCCACGUUUUGUCUUCUCAAGACUUACGUUGCGUUUGUAUAUUUAACACUCUUCUGUCUGAUCGCUAUUUCUCCACCUAGUUGGAAACAUCCGAAGAUAUAAUGUAUUUUUUAAAAUAAUUAUCAAAUUUUUUAUCAGUUAAAUCGUUAUAUUUUAAAGAGAUGACAAAUGUACUAUUACGUAAUUGUAUAAAUAUAGAGCAAAAGGCUAUACUAAUACUAAUAUACCUGUCGUUACGAUUAUUACCAAUUCUUCAACUUAUAUAUGAUUUUUUUGUCGCGAUGAUACAUAUAUAUGAAAUUCCAACGAAUAAGAUAUACACGUACGUCGCAGACAGUUGUCUGGCCUAAUUAUGCAGGCAAAUAUAAAUUACGGUAGUUUCGGAAAUGAGAGUCCUUUGCUUUUUUUGUUCGAUGUGUGUGUGUGGAUAUAUGAGUCAUUGUAUAGAAAGAGACGAGAGCCGAGAACGAUGAAAAUCAAUAAGCAGAGCUCGCCUCACUUUUGUAACGAGUCAUCUAUCCAGCUCUCUACUUAUAAACUGGCUUUAACCAAAUGUAUGUGUUACUAAUUGCAAAUCAUUGCAUGUGCAUUAUAACAUACAAUAAUAAAAUGAUCAGAUUCUAAGAAUAGUCCUCUAUAUGAUAUGUUCGUCAAGGUACCACAGCUCAUCAAUGUGCCAACUGUCGUGUGAUCGUCCUUGCAUGAGAAAAAUAAAACUGAUAAACGUUCACUUUGUCAAUGAAAACACGUCUUGCAUAUGUAAAGAUUUAAAUUCCUUUUCGUUUUAAAUAUAUUCCUAUGACGUUAAUCGUUAUGAGUAGGUUCUUUAUGAAUAUAUCUCAUUGGUAACAGUAAGUCUUAAAAUUCAAUAAAAUUGUACAACUCUGUUGAAAUAAAGAAAAGUCUGGACAAACUUGGACUUAUAAAACGAAUAUGUUUAUUGAAACCUUAUAUAUAGUUUAUUAGUUUGAUUUUAAGUUGUAAUUAAACACUGCGAUGUUUAUAGUUUCAAUAUUAUUUGGUAGAUGAUGCUGAUUGAGGAUUGUAUUCAAUUCAAAAGAGUUGAUUGAUUGUGAAAAACUUUAGACAAAUUUUAUAUAUAUAUAGUUGAAAUGUAUAAUUUUAACUACGUAAUAUGUAUUAUGGUCGUUCUAUAGGAUAUACAAAUUUUUAAAGAAACAAGUUUGAAUCUAUUAAAAAUAAUGAUUUAAAGCUAUUUUCCUAAAAGAAGGUUGAAACAUUCGUAAAAUACUGAUAGUCGAUAUAUAUUUGUGUAGAAAGAAUAUAUGCUUAUAGAUCAAGCCACGUUUUAAAAAAGUGAUUUAUAAUUUUUUUAUUAUCAUAUGAUAUGUCGUUUUUUAUAAGUACAAAUAUGUAUUGAAAGUAUUAUUUUUCUGUACGAAGCAUUGUUUUUGUUGUAAUUAAAAACUACUUGUAUUCAUGGAAAAUUUAUAAUCUAAAUAAUUGCACACUUUAUAAAUACACGAAUGAAAUUAUAAAGCUAAA